GUUUCAGCAGGCGGCAGGGGAGGAGCUCGGCUACCGCUCGCUGCCUGGCACCGCGGCCGCUUCUUUCUGCUCGGCGCAGCUCGGACAGCGGCACUACUGCAGGCGGCCGGCACGGGCUGUCAUUUCCUGCAUGUAGGUCAGGUAACUCAGCAGCUUCACAAUGUGCGGUAUCUGGGCCUUGUUUGGAAGUGAUGAAUGCCUUUCUGUCCAGUGUCUGAGUGCCAUGAAGAUAGCGCAUAGAGGUCCUGAUGCAUUUCGUUUUGAGAAUGUAAAUGGAUUCACCAACUGUUGUUUUGGUUUUCACCGCCUUGCGGUUGUUGACCAGCUGUAUGGCAUGCAGCCGAUCCGGGUGAAGAAGUUCCCUUAUCUGUGGCUGUGUUACAAUGGAGAAAUCUACAAUUUCAAACAGUUGCAGAAGCAGUUUGGAUUUGAGUAUCAAACACUGGUAGAUGGUGAGGUUAUCCUUCAUCUUUACAACAGAGGAGGAAUAGAACAAACAGCAUCUAUGCUAGAUGGAGUAUUUGCUUUCAUCCUUCUGGACACAGCAAACAGAAAAGUGUUUCUGGCAAGAGAUACCUAUGGAGUCAGACCACUGUUCAAGGUGCUGACUGACGAUGGAUUUUUGGGUGUCUGUUCUGAGGCAAAAGGACUUAUCAACUUAAAGCAUUCAACAUCCUUAUUUCCUAAAGUGGAACCAUUUCUUCCGGGUCAUUAUGAAGUGCUGGACUUGAAGCCCUCUGGCAAGGUUGCGUCAGUAGAAGUAGUAAAGUUUCAUAGCUAUAAAGAUGAACCACUCCACGCUGCUUGUGAUACAGUGGAAAAUCUGCCUUCAGGUUUUGAUCUUGAAACAGUGAAGAGCAACAUCCGUGUUCUGUUUGAAAAUGCUGUUAGAAAGCGUUUGAUGGCUCACAGAAGGAUUGGUUGUCUUUUGUCAGGGGGCUUAGAUUCCAGCUUGGUUGCAGCUGUUCUUCUGAAACUGAUGAAAGAAAUGAACAUAAAAUAUCCACUACAAACCUUUGCAAUUGGGAUGGAAAACAGUCCUGAUUUACUGGCUGCCAGAAAGGUGGCAGCACAUAUAGGCAGUGAGCACCAUGAAGUAAUAUUUAAUUCUGAAGAGGGAAUUCAGGCAGUAGAGGAGGUUAUCUUCUCUUUGGAAACCUAUGAUAUAACAACAGUAAGAGCUUCAAUCGGUAUGUAUCUUGUCUCCAAAUAUAUACGCAAGAAAACAGACAGUGUGGUCAUUUUUUCGGGAGAAGGAUCAGAUGAGUUGACUCAAGGAUAUAUAUAUUUCCAUAAAGCACCAUCUCCUGAGGAGGCUGCAGAAGAGAGUGAGAGGCUUCUGAAGGAGCUCUACCUGUUUGAUGUACUCCGUGCAGACAGAACUACUGCAGCACAUGGUCUUGAGCUCAGAGUCCCGUUUUUGGAUCAUCGCUUUACUUCUUAUUAUUUAUCUCUACCAGCAGAACUGCGAAUUCCAAAGAAUGGAAUCGAAAAAUACCUUUUAAGGCAAUCCUUUGAAGAUUCCAACUUGCUUCCCAAAGAAAUACUCUGGAGACCCAAAGAAGCUUUCAGUGAUGGUAUUGCAUCAGUAAAGAAAUCCUGGUUUUCUAUUCUACAGGACUAUAUUGAUCAACAGGUUGAUGACCUUCUGCUGGAAAAAGCAGCGGAGAAAUAUCCAUUCAAUCCUCCUAGAACAAAAGAAAGUUACUACUACCGUCAGAUCUUUGAGAAGCACUACCCAGGGCGAAGCAACUGGCUGCCCCACUACUGGAUGCCAAGAUGGGUUAAAGCAACUGAUCCUUCCGCUCGCACAUUGAAACAUUACAAGUCAGCUGCUCAAGAGUAGCUGUUGAUAUAAUCCCCUAAAUACAAGUGCUGCAAGCAAUUUGCAUGCGCUCUCCUUUUAAAAGAAAAAAUAAAUAUGCGAGCCUAAAGCUUAAGUGGUCUUUGAGAAGGAUUUUGAAAAUAAUAUUGAAAAUAAGAGCUUUUUGUGGUUAUUAGUCUAUUAUAAAAUUAAUCCUGCUGUACCAAAAUUUUGAAAUUCAUGGGAAAAUACUUUAUAGAAGAGUUUGGUUCCUUAUGUGACUGUCUCAAAUGUAUUGAUUUGCCUCGCAGACAUUUAGUAUAUUUUAAUGUGAACUUGAGGCAAAGUGAUACAAACUGUUGUGCGUCCUCUGAGAAUAAGGCAAGUUCACCUGAACUGUUUAGUGAUUUGUACUCCUCAGUAUUGGGGUUUGUCUGUAUUACUCUGUUCUGACUUUUUUUCCAGUAAUUCAUGAGAACCUUGGUCUAGUUUUGGAAAGAAUAUGUAGCUGUGAAGAGGUGAUUACUAGUGUUGAUAACGGUGGUGGUAAUGGGUCAUACUUAAAUGAAACUAAUGGGAAUCUUCCUUGUUACUGCAAAGCCACAAGUUGUCCCUUUUGAAUCUUUUAAAUAUACCAUCUGUCUAAAGUUAGCCGUGACUGUUAUCAAAGAGAAGCUGAGUUAUGUCUUUGUUUCUAACUCAGGGUCUUCGACUUUUAAAUGUAUUUGUUAUUCUUGAAAACAGCACUAACUGGGUGAUUUGCGUCAGUCUGAUGGAAGUUACAUGACUAAAUAUUUCAAGCAUUUUUUCACUUACUGUGAGAUGGAAAGACUGACUGUUGCUGCUCAGCUGCGUGUGAUCAACUGUGUGAUGAGCCAGCCCUCUUAACCAUGGAUUGUAGGCAGACAAAGCACCUUCAAAAACAAUGGGAUUAGGGACCUUGCUUAAGAAAAUGGAAAAAGGAAAAGAAAACAGAUUUCAUUAAGAAUUUUUAAUGAUGUUAAGGACAAUUUUUUUAUUACUUGUGUAGGAACAGGGGCUGCUUUUUUAAAGGUAACAUGAAACAAAAGUAUGAGUGCUGCAGACUGACUUGACUACCAUCGUGCUAGACAGUAGUCUAGUUAAACAUCCCUCUUGACAAGGAAACCAAAGCCAUAAGCAAUUCUGAUAUUAAAAAAAAUAAUAACUCAUAAAGUGA